AGAACAAAAAUUUUUGGGUUUUUUUUGGUAAUCCCUAAUGUAUUUGUAAAAAAAAGUUUAUCGGUUUUCAUAAAUUAAAACAUUAGAUAUUUUUAUACUACAGUCAAACAAAUUAACAUUACCAGUGAUAUCCAAAAAAGAUGACCACCGAUGACAACAAAAGACAUUAUGUUAUGAACGAUGAUAUAAUUGGACUCAUAUUCAACAAACUCAGUGCCAAACAAUUGUGUCGUUUGCAGACUGUUUGUCGACAAUUCAAAGAGUGCAGCGAACAGACAUUGAAAAACAAGUCGUGGACUAUAAGAGUUGGCCAUCAAAAAGAUGACACUAAAAAUGUUUCGAUUGUUACCAUCAAUCAUAUGAUCAUCCGUACCGACAAUAUCUUUGAUUUAGUCGAAAGUCAUCAACAGUUUGAUUCCAUACUCAAGAACUUUGCUAUCGUCCGGACAAUACAAAUGAGUCUCUGUUAUAUCAAUCGGCAAACCAUUGAAAAGAUUGUCAAUCGUUGCCCACAUUUACAGAGACUUGAGUUGUGCUGUAUUUAUAUGAAGACAUCGGAUGACGAAGAGCUGAGACAAAUGGCAAGUCUAUUAUCAAAAAUUAAAUAUCUAUCGUUCAGAUGUGUAGAUGACAGCAGAACCAAAGUAUUUACCAUUGAUUUGAUCAAAGAAUUAUCAUCACUGGAAUCGCUAAGGAUAUCCACAUUUUUCAAUCACUCAAUUGUUGAACAAAUAGUCACAUAUUUUCCACAAACUCUUCGUUCACUCCACUUGAUUGACAACAAUUGGCGUUUGACAUCAUUAGAGACUAUCAUCAAUCGUUGUCCUCAUUUGGAUCAGCUGUCCAUUGAAGAGAUGAACUAUUUUAUGGAAUGCAAUGAUAUAUUCAUCAAUAUUUGUUGUAAACUAAACCUUAAGAACUUAGCCUUUCGUUUCAAUAAUCUAUCAAUAGAUGUAUUCAGUAAAUACAUUGUAAAACAAACACAACUCAAGACAUUGUCCAUCACUUCCGACAUGUGUUUUGAUGUGACGAAAAUGAAAACUAUGAAUAGUUUAAAAACUAUAAAACUCUAUUGGAUCAGAUGUUUACCAAAGUUGUGGUCAAAUUUACCGAAAGUUUUUCCAAACUUAAGUCACAUAUCGUUUGAUGAAAUAGUGAUACUUUGCGAGUGUAAUGAAGAUCAGCCACAAACCCAUUGUCGCCAAUGUCAGCAUAAAUGCAUGCAAUCUAUAGCACAGUUGACUCAUUUAAAACGAUUAUCGCUAACAAAGUAUUACAAUCGACCUGUGAUUGGCACCGAUGACCUCAAACUGUUUAGCGAACUUAAUGUAUUGAGUUUGAGGACAAUUGGCAAUCAAAACCGCGACGAAAUUGUCGACGAAUUGAUCCAAUAUUGCAAACAUUGCGCCGAAAAAAGAGUGUCACAAAAGUGUCUGAAAGUGAUGACAAACAUUGAAAUACGGAAACCACUGGAACAAAGACUUAAGCAAUCAUUCGCUGAAAUGAAUCAAUUGAUUCCUAAGUUUUUGAAAAUCACAAAUUUGGAUGAUUUCGGAUGUUUUGAAUAAAUAUAGCUUUAAUACAAUAUUUAUGUUUAAUG